AUGUCAUCACAUAUUACUGAUAUUGAAGGUGAUUGGAAUAUUGUUGAUUAUCCCGAACAUCCUGGAUAUGUUAACUGUAAAAUUGAAAUAAAGGGUCAUGGUCUAGAUCCAAAUGUGUUUAAGCUUAAUAUGCACGCGAUGAAUGAUCUAAGUUGUAUUUUGAAACAUAAUUCUAUGACUAAUCAAUGGGAAAUUUCUGAUUUCUUUUCAAGAGAAAUGAAUGGUUCACCAGCAGAGAUGGAUAAAGAAGAUGUCUUCAGAAAAUUAAUCUCUAGUUUACAAAAAUUAGAAGUUCAAGACGAACAACAAUUGAUUAUUACAACAAAUGAUAAUGAACAAAUUCGAUUAGAACGUUUGCCGUAG